AUUGUUCUUUUUUUAACCCUUUCAAGAGGAAGGUGGCAAGGGCGUUUAUCGCUUACGAAAUCAUUUUUAAUCGAGACUUUCGUCAAACAUAGACACUCGUCCACCCGCUCAACUUCAGCGUGCGUCUAAAAGGUAGAACAACUAAACCCAUCCUCACCAUGAAUACCCUUCUUACUUUGUUCAUUCUUGCAGCCUGCGUAGCUCCCCUGUACGCACUGGAUUGCUACUCGUGUGGUUACGUCACCGGAGUCGGUGGAGCUGACUGUCUAGAUACCUUUGAUACUUCUACGGUGAACUCCAGCAGUGAUGUUUCAACGGCUACUUGCACAGGACAAUGCUCGAAAACCAGCGUAACUGUCAGCAGCGAAGUGACCGCCCUGGCCAGAGCAUGUGUAGCUAGCUGUACCGCUGGGUGUGUCUCGCUCUUUGGGAUCAGGACGUGCACAAACUGCUGCAGUACAGAUAAUUGCAACAGCGCCACCAACGUUCAAAUGAGCAUCAUUGCCAUGAUGGUUGCUCUUCUCCUCGCCCUUGGAAUUUCACGAUGAGAGGACGACAUCCGAUUUCGUAUUGUGGGAGGGGGGGGGUUGUAUUUUGGUAACAUAAAAGUUGAAAUGCACAAUGGCAGUCCAAGCUCUUCGGUACUUCAAGUAGGCCUAAAUCUUUCUCCGUGUUAUGCCCGGAUUGGGGGAUCCCUGGUAUUUAGAGCUGAAGUCGGAGCUUUAAGAUGGACACCUCCCUUAUUACAAAGUUUGAUCACUGCAAUGUCAGGCAAGCACAGAAAAAAAUAGCGCCACAAUGUGCUCAAAUGCAACCACUCUUGGUCAAACUCUGUAGGUGGGUGCUUUUUCUGAAUCAAUGGAAGAAGAUCGACGGCAAAUAAUUUAGGUAAACUUUACUUUAGAUUUGAGGUCUAGAAAACCACUUUUGUGGGCAUCAUGUUUCUUGAUGCGAAAUAUUCGAGUCGUGUAUACAAUUUUUAGUGGACAAUGUAUUUUCAUAGGAAAAUGAGUUUUAUAUUCAUUGUAAAUAUUCAUCGUUUUUUAUCAUGUGGUUUAUCGAAAUUAAUAAAAAAUAAAAUCAAUAAAAACUGACAAAA